AUGUUUGGCAAAUACUUUAUAUUUGUGUUAGUGCUCCUGAUCAAAGAUCCCCGGGUAGCAUAUGCUGAAGACACGGAUGAAACUUCCAUUUACAUGAAACGUGUAGCAAGUUAUUUUGCUUCGUUGGAUCCAUUGAACUGGGUACCAAAUUCAAACAAAAUUGGUAUAGGAUACAACCCACUAUACGGCAGUCCUGUUUGCUACACUGGGAGUUGUCAAGCAGAUGGUUUUAAGCAACCGUUAUUCAAUUUAAAAUAUCGUCAACAAGCAGUUGGGUCGUGCACAAGUCAAUUAAUACCAGAGAAUGUCGCAUUAGAUUGUCUACCAUCAACCACUUGGGAUGCUAGAACAGAGAUCAUAAGUGAAUUGAAUGAAUUAAAAGAAUCUAUUACCAAUAAAGUCGAUGUCUCUCUUAGUGGUCAGCUACCUGGCAUUGCAUUUGCAUACGAAACGUCUGUUGAAACUCGCUAUGCGAUCGAUAAUAUCGUCAGGAAGUCCAGAACACUGAUGCAAACAACCGCUCAGAUAUCAUAUAUUAAACUAUCAAUGUUUGAGCCAGCAAUGCAGCUAACCGAUCAAUUUAAAUUUGUUAUCAACAAUAUGCCAUGCUGUAACUACACUGCUGACGUGCAAAAGUAUAUUUAUACAUAUAUAUUCGAUUAUUUUGGUUAUGCAUAUGUAUCAACUGUACUGCUUGGUGGAAUAGCUCAAGAAACGAUUCUUAUGACGAACGAAUCGUAUGAAAAACUCGAACAAAAAGGAUUCGAUGUAACAAAUGCACUUAAAUUGGAAUUUUAUGUGUCGUUAGACGCUAAACAAGAAUACAGUUAUGACAAAGAUAAACAUCAAGAAUUCAUGAGACAAGUAGAAGAAAAACACACAACAACGCUCGGCGGAGAUACAUCAUUAACAUCCAUUGAUGAAUGGUCAACAACAGUUCCAUCGAAUCCUGUUAUUGUCAAAUUUAGUAUUGGAAGUAUUUUCGAUCUGUUAACAUCAACUCGAUUUUCGAACGAUACACUGAUACAUAACAAAUCAGCAUUGAUCUCACAAGCGCUGAACAAUUAUGUGAAUAGAUCUGUUUAUUGUUACAGUAACUGCACCAAUCAUGGUGCUUGCCAAUCAGAAUCGAUUUUUCGAACUGGAUCAUGUAGUUGCACUGAAGGUUAUACAACGUAUGACUGUUCCGUUGCACCGAUAAAAGCAGUACCAAACAUGCCUGCCCAUGCCAACACGCAUUUCUAUGACAAGACUCUAUUUUUUACCGUAUUUUAUAUUCUUACUUAUAUUUUGAUUUUUAAUUAA